AUGACCGCUGUUCGCUUUCACGGUCGCGGAGAUGUCCGCGUGGAUGAAGUGGAAGAGCCGCUCUGUGGGAAAGAUGAGGUCAAGAUGAGACCAGCUUAUGUUGGGAUCUGUGGAAGUGAUAUCCAUGAAUACAUUUCAGGGCCUAUUCUGGUGUCCAAGGAGGCCUAUCCCGCGAAUGGAAACGAAAUCCCUGUGACACUAGGCCACGAAUUCAGCGGUAUCAUAGAAGAGAGAUACGGCGGUGGGAUGGCUCGUUUCAUUGUAGCACCACUAGAGCACUUUUAUGCAUUGCCAGACAACGUCUCGUUGGAAGCGGGGGCACUCGUGGAACCACUAGCAGUGGCUUGGCAUGCAGCCAAGUUAUCUCCAUUCAAGGCUAAUGACACCGCACUUGUCCUGGGUGGAGGACCCAUCGGGAUCGGCGUGAUCCAAGUUCUCAAAUUGCGGGGAGCGAAAAAUAUCAUCCUUGUGGAGCUAAUGGAGAAUCGCAAGAAGCUUGGGAAGGAGCUCGGUGCCACGCACAUCUUUGACCCGAAGGAAUGCGAUAUACCUGCAGAAGUUUCGAAAGUGACUAAUGAGGUGGGUGCAGAUGUCAUUUUCGACUCUGCUGGAGUGGAGGUUGCUCUGAAUGGAAUUAUUGGAGCUUGUCGUGUUCAUGGGACGAUUGUCAAUAUCGCCGUUUGGGAGAAUAAACCGUCGCUUGCUGUCAAUGAUAUGACAUACAGCGAGAUCAACUAUAUGGGAGCUGCACUCUAUGAUGAGCAGUCAUUUCUCGAUGUGAUCAAAGCCUUGAGCUACGGUCAACAACUCAACACCGAUAAGAUGAUCACGGCAAGGAUAAAGUUAGCAGAAGCGGUGGAGAAGGGCUUGCAGGAGUUGGUCAAUCAUCGCGAUCGCCACUGCAAGAUUCUCAUCGAUGCUCAGGCGUAA